AUGAAGGAUCUUGGAGCAUUACAAUUUUUUCUUGGACUUGAGGUGAAGCAGGUUGAAGAUGGAUUCUUUGUGUCGCAAAAGAAAUAUGCUGCUGAUUUACUUAAAAAAUUAAAGAUGACGGGGUGCAAAAUUGUAGCAACACCUAUGAAUUUGAAUGAAAAGUUGAAGAAUGAUGAUGGUACUAAAGCAACAGAUGCAAGGAGCUUUAGAAUUCUAGUUGGAGGCUUGGUUUACUUGACUAAUACGCUAUCGGACAUUUCUUUUGUUGUUGGAGUUAUUUCAAUGUUCAUGCACUGUCCAUCAAGGUAUCAUUUUGGCGCUGCAAAAAGAGUCUUACAGUAUAUUGCCGGAACUCUUGAUUUUGGACUAUGGUAUGAAAAUAUUUCAAAGUUCAAUUUGAGUGGUUAUACAAUUAAUGACUGGGCUGGAUGUUUGGAGGAUAGAAGAAGCACGUCAGGUUAUGUCUUUGGCUUUGGAUCAGGUGUUGUUUGUUGGUGUUCUAAAAAACAAGCUAUAACACCUCUGUCUUCAUCGGAAGCUGAAUAUAAAGCUGCAACUUCACCAGCUUGUCAAGCUCAUGGUUAA